AUGGAAAGCAACGCAUUUGGUAGCAGCCAUUUGCCGUCACAAGCUUUAGUCGUACUUUCGGAAGCUGCAUCCGGGUUGCAUGAGGCUUUGAGGGGCCAACGGCCUUUCCCACCGAGAUUACCAGACGCCAAAGAUUUGCACAAUAUGUCACUUGUCGGGAGCUACGGCACACACCUGCUGCACAGCUUCCAUCCCCACCUGCUACAGACGCUCAACCAUGGCAUGUUGGCUGCGAAUAGCGGCCCAGCGAGUUACUUUGCCAACGACCGCGGACUCGGCAAACCAUCGGUAUUAUCGAAUUUUCAACUGCCGUCGGCGUUUUCACCACCCAAAUAUAUUGGCAUAUCACUGGAUCAGAAUCUUUUCAACGGCAACGAUUCAUUUCGCACAGACUCGGCGAGUCCCACAUGCACUUCCCACGAAUCGAUGGAAGGAUCAAACGAUUACGACAACGGUGAAAAGGGUGAAAGUCCGCGCAGCAACAACUCCGAUCCGAGGGAUUUAAGGCAUGUACACAACAAUAAUGGCGGUGGCAGUAGCAGCAGUAGCAGUAGCGGUGGCACGGUGGGCAUCAAAGCGUCAUCAGCAGCUGCAACGGCAACAUCCAUGGCGGCCGCCGCCGCUGCCGUAGCCGCCUCAGUGGCGUCAACCACAUCCUCGCCCGCGUCAGUAAGUCAUCUCGGCCAUCACCAUCAUCACACACAUCAUCAUCACCAUCAUCCAAAUGGUGGUCUGUUGGCCGCGGCGAGUUUGGGCGGCAUGGGCGGUCUCGGCAUACCGGUAAGCUGUGCCGGUUUGCGUAGUGUGGCGAGUGGUCUCAGUGGCUUGACCACAGCUGGUGGAGUCAGUGUGGGCAUUGGCAGCGGUGGCAGUUCGAGUGGCAGCAAUAGUAGCGGCGGUCUAACGAGUGCGCUCAGUCUGCCGCCGGGGCAUGUGCCAGAUAUUUGCCCAAUCUGUGGUAUAAAAAUUUCGGCCGAAGAAUGGAAUUCACACUUUCUGACCGAACUAGACCGACUCUAUAAGUUGAGCUCGGGUAUGGAACGUACGAAUUUACAGGCAUCUUAUAUGUUUGCGCCGCCAUGUCCGGCGCAGGAGAACGCCAUACGCACCAGCCAUAAUCGUUGGGAGACUUUUCAGCGCAUACGCAAUAAUAGACAGAAUCGUCUCAGAAUAAAGGGACGAAAACGGAAAUAUGGCAACGAUUUAUACUUCAUGGAAAAUCUCUUCUGCAAUUCCUGCCCGAUAUGCAAACGAAAAUAUGCGAUUGAAGCCGGAAAGAUGCCACCCGAGGAAGAUACCAAAAUGCAGGAAGAAAUCGAAACGGUCGACGUUGAGAGUUGUAAUGACGAUGUGCCCGAUUCCGGCUCCGAAUUGACGACGCACUCUCAACUCAGCGUGAAUAGCAUGAGCCACGGACAUCAUAACAACCUUACGACAUUGAGCAGCAAUAUGCAUAGUAGCAAUAGCCAACCAGGAAAACUGGACGGCAUCUUAUAUAGAACGGCUUGUGUAAUAAAUAAGGACACGGGAAGUAGUGAGGAUGAUUUGAAUGCAACCAGCACCAGUGGAGGGGGUAAUAUAACGCAAACGUGGAAUCAGGCGCAACACCACUCAGCGCCCACGAUUACAGCGCAACAAGGACAUAUCAGUGUGAAAAAUGUCAGCGAACUGUCAUCGACAACCCAUCACUUCUACAACGCGGACUCGUGUGGCGCCGCUGAUGAGCGCUCCAGUGGCGGUGCUGCGACCGUCGUCAAUUGUAACGGCAAUGAUGUUGCUAUAGAAACAUGCAAUGCCAACGACAGCGACGAGGACGUCAUUGUCGAUGACGAUGAUUCUAUUAAAAUGACGAAUCUCUGCAGCAUCAAAAAACGAAAGUUCGAUGAAACGGUAGUUAGUAGCCGGACUUCGGAUAAUCACUCGCCCAUGGUCGAACAGGAGCGACCUCGUUCGGAGCCGCAAGUGACCAGCACUGAACCAAACAUUGACAUUGCUAAUAAUAAUAAUAAUAACAACAAUAAUUCCAAAUACAGCACCUUCGAGGACUUACGCGCUAAGCAGCAACAGCAACAACAAACAGAGGCAGAUAAUGCGCAAAGCAUGGGCGGUAUUAGUGGAGGUGGCCGCGGUGUUGGUAAUGGUGCUAGCGGUGGCAAUUGUGGCGCUCAUACAAAUUUAAUGGCAACGGCGCACACGCAAAUGGACUUAAAGGUGGGAUUUAGUUCGGAUAAUAAACCGGACGAUGAAAACAAAUGUUUCAUUUGUAAGACAGGUAUAAAGGAUUUUGCAACGGAGUCCUUCUUUCGCGGACGGAAUUUAUAUUUCCAUCAAAGUUGUGCCAAUGUGAUGAGUAGCUAUCGAUUGAGUAAAGACUUGCAGCAGCAACAGCAGAAUCUGAUACAACAACAACAGGAGGUGCGCAAAUCGCCAUCGCCACAACAAUUGGUGAAUCUUUAAGAAUUUAAUCAACAAUCACAAACACAUACAUAGUAUAAUAUACAUAUACCGUUACACAAAACACACACGAAACUCGCUCGUAUAUUUGAAAAAUGUUAUUUUAACUGGAAAGCAAAACUGGUUUGACGAAUAAUGAGGCGCAAAGAUGUUAAUGCACACACUAGGGAUGUUCUAAUAAUUUUAUGAUUUUUAAUUGGGAGUCAUACCAAAUUCUUAUGAUCAAAUCGGACAAACCCUUGUCCUUUUGUUUAAAAAAUAACGUAUAGUUCAAAACAAAUAUAUACAUACUAGAUAAAACAAUAUACCAUACUUAUUAGCAUUGACUAUAAAUCCUCUUUAACAAUUAGUUGUUUGGAUCCUAAGGAGCGGACGCAAACUCUUUGUGCUCAGUAUCCAAAAAGCAAUUCGAAAUUUCAGAGGAGCUGAAUUUAAAAGAUGGGAACAUUGGGCUGUAGCGUGGGAUUUCGCAUUAUUUGGCUAGUUACUGGUCAUACGAAGAUGUACAGAUUUCAAGUUUAGUCUGUUCAUCCGUCUGUGUGUAUAUAAGAGAAGUACUCCCUCAAUUUUGGAGAUACAGAUCUAAAAUUUUGUACACAUUCCUUUCUUCCCAAGAAGCUGCUUAUUUGCCAGAACCGAAUUUGAAUCACUACAGGACAUAGCUCAAAAAAGUCAGAAUUAAGUCCUUUUAUUGGCAACUUUUUUAUUUGAUAAGAUAUUUUCACGAAACUUUGCAUAGCUUAUAGUUCAAGGCAGAGCUACAGUAUCCGAAUAUAUUGUUCAGAUCUGACUACAACUGCGUAUAGGUACCAUACAAACUGUUUGAUCUAAAUCAAGAUAAAGAUAUUUUUAUACCCUCUUGUGCUAUAAGAAAUGCUCCUGCAAAAGGUAGAAAAAAUUCGGUACAGUAUAGCAGUACAGCUAAUAUUCUUUCUUGUUUCUCGAUAUCAAUUUUUAUACUCUCGCAACCUGUUGCUACAGAGUAUAAUAGUUUU